GAAAAGCUUGGAUCCCCAAGCACAAGCCGAUGGAUCCUGUUUUGGAAAGUGUGACUCUGGAGCCGGAACUGGAGGAAGCCCUUGCUAAUGCCUCUGAUGCAGAGCUCUGUGACAUUGCUGCCAUCCUUGGCAUGCACACCUUGAUGAGUAACCAGCAGUACUAUGAAGCACUGGGGAGCAGCACCAUCGUGAACAAAGAAGGGCUCAACAGUGUGAUUAAGCCCACACAGUACAAACCAGUUCCUGAUGAGGAACCGAACUCAACAGAUGUGGAGGAAACUCUGAAACGAAUACAAAGCAAUGAUCCUGACCUUGAGGAAGUCAACCUUAACAAUAUUAUGAAUAUUCCCAUACCAACUUUAAAAGCUUUUGCGGAAUCACUGAAAAAUAACACCUAUGUGAAGAAGUUCAGUAUAGUUGGGACACGGAGCAAUGACCCUGUUGCUUUCGCAUUGGCAGAAAUGCUGAAAGUCAAUAACACACUGAAGAGCCUGAAUGUGGAAUCAAACUUCAUUUCUGGGUCAGGGAUCCUGGCUGUUGUCGAAGCGCUCCAGGGCAAUGCAUCACUCGUAGAGCUGCGCAUCGACAACCAGAGCCAGCCUUUGGGCAACAAAGUAGAAAUGGAAAUUGCGAACAUGUUGGAAAAAAACACCUCUCUGCUGAAGUUCGGGUACCAUUUCACCCAGCAAGGUCCCCGGCUCCGCGCCUCCAAUGCCAUGAUGAAUAACAAUGACCUAGUGAGAAAGAGAAGACUUGCGGAGUUGAAUGGGCCUAUUUUUCCCAAGUGCAGAACUGGAGUGUAGUUCCUGGCUACGGAGGUCAUUCCCGGUGAUCUGUGCUACACUGUGGAAAUCUAAAGGCAAUUAAGUGCCUUGACAGAGUAUUUGUGGUGCCUCGGUUCUGUUUUAUGCACUAACAAUUUAAAUUAACUAGUGGCUGUAGUUGAAGAUUUUAUCCAGUAGGACUGUUGAUGUUUUCUGUAGAGUUGGAAACUAUUCAAGCCAGUAACAACCUGCCAAUUUUAUGCAAUCUCAGUUUAGAGUACAUCCCAGUGUAAAAGUAACUCUUAAUUAACCUGGGACCUAAUUUUUCUAUAAACUUCCUGCACGGUGUUUCAUACAGUUAGAAUGUGGUAUGCACGAGUGAAAGAUACAACUGUUCCACACAAAUUAUAGAAGUAUUAAAAAAAUACUUUAUUUU